CGCCCGCCGCCGGGGCCGCCCGAGCGUCUGUGGGUCGCGGGCGCUGGGGCCGCCAUCUUAGAUGGCGGGAGCGCGCCGGGGCCGGGCGUGAGGCGGGAGGCGGCGGGCCUGUCGGGGCGCCCGCGGCGGGCCGGCCGGCCGGGCUUUGGGGCGCGCGUGCGACGAUGCGGGGGCCGCCCGGGGCCCCGUCCCCCGGGCUGGGCACGCGCCCGAUGUGACCGCCGCCGCCGCGGGGAGGAGGAGCGGCCGCGACGCCGCCGCCGCCGGACGACGGGACCCGGAGGGGCGCGGCCCCGCCAGGCUUUAGUACUGUGUAAGCUGCCUCCAUGGAGCACAUACAGGGGGCCUGGAAGACGAUCAGCAAUGGUUUUGGGUUUAAAGACGCGGUGUUUGAUGGCUCCAGCUGCAUUUCACCUACCUUAGUCCAGCAGUUUGGUUAUCAGCGUCGGGCGUCAGAUGAUGGCAAACUUACGGAUUCUUCCAAGACAAGCAACACAAUACGUGUUUUCUUGCCGAACAAGCAAAGAACGGUGGUCAGCGUGCGCAAUGGGAUGAGCCUGCACGACUGUCUCAUGAAGGCGCUCAAGGUGAGGGGCCUGCAACCCGAGUGCUGCGCCGUUUUCCGGCUUCUCCACGAACACAAGGGUAAAAAAGCACGUUUGGAUUGGAAUACGGAUGCAGCUUCAUUGAUCGGAGAAGAGCUUCAAGUAGAUUUUCUGGACCAUGUUCCCCUCACAACACACAACUUUGCACGGAAGACCUUCCUGAAGCUUGCCUUCUGUGACAUCUGUCAGAAGUUUCUGCUAAAUGGAUUUCGGUGUCAGACUUGCGGCUACAAAUUUCACGAGCACUGUAGCACCAAAGUACCUACCAUGUGUGUGGACUGGAGUAACAUCAGGCAGCUCCUAUUAUUUCCCAAUUCCACUGCUGGUGACACUGGCGUCCCAGCACUGCCUUCUUUGACCAUGCGUCGGAUGCGAGAGUCUGUUUCCCGGAUGCCUGUCAGCUCUCAGCACCGCUACUCCACGCCCCACGCCUUCACCUUCAACACCUCCAGCUCCUCCUCCGAAGGGUCCCUCUCUCAGAGGCAGAGGUCCACGUCCACGCCCAACGUCCACAUGGUCAGCACCACUCUGCCUGUGGACAGCAGGAUGAUUGAGAAUAACAGCCUGAAUGCUUCUCCCAGGCCGUGUUCCAGACGAUUUUGUUUGAGGGGAAGAGACGCCAUCCGCGGGCACAGUGAAUCAGCCUCACCUUCAGCCUUGUCCAGCAGCCCCAACCACCUCAGCCCCACAGGCUGGUCCCAGCCCAGAGCGCCAGCGCAGAGAGAGCGGGCGGGCCCCGGGGGCCAGGAGAAGAACAAGAUCAGGUCCCGUGGCCAGAGAGAUUCAAGCUACUACUGGGAGAUAGAGGCCAGUGAGGUGAUGCUGUCCACACGGAUCGGCUCGGGCUCCUUUGGGACCGUGUAUAAGGGCAAGUGGCACGGGGACGUUGCAGUGAAGAUCCUGAAGGUGGUGGACCCCACGCCAGAGCAGUUCCAGGCCUUCAGGAACGAGGUGGCUGUGCUGCGCAAAACUCGGCACGUGAAUAUCCUGCUCUUCAUGGGCUACAUGACCAAGGACAACUUGGCCAUCGUGACCCAGUGGUGCGAGGGCAGCAGCCUCUACAAACACCUGCACGUCCAGGAGACCAAGUUCCAGAUGUUCCAGCUGAUCGACAUCGCGCGGCAGACGGCCCAGGGCAUGGACUAUUUGCACGCCAAGAACAUCAUCCACAGAGACAUGAAAUCCAACAACAUAUUUCUCCACGAAGGCCUGACGGUGAAAAUCGGAGAUUUUGGCUUGGCGACAGUCAAGUCGCGCUGGAGCGGGUCCCAGCAGGUGGAGCAGCCCACGGGCUCUGUUCUGUGGAUGGCCCCAGAGGUGAUCCGGAUGCAGGACAACAACCCGUUCAGCUUCCAGUCGGACGUCUACUCCUACGGCAUCGUCCUGUACGAGCUCAUGACGGGCGAGCUGCCCUACGCCCACAUCAACAACCGCGACCAGAUCAUCUUCAUGGUGGGCCGAGGGUACGCCUCCCCGGAUCUCAGCAAGCUCUACAAGAACUGCCCCAAAGCCAUGAAGAGGCUCGUGGCCGACUGCGUGAAGAAGGUGAAGGAGGAGAGGCCGCUCUUCCCGCAGAUCCUGUCUUCCAUCGAGCUGCUCCAGCACUCCCUCCCCAAAAUCAACCGGAGCGCCUCGGAGCCGUCAUUGCACCGGGCGGCCCACACCGAGGACAUCAACGCCUGCACGCUGACCACGUCCCCAAGACUGCCCGUCUUCUAGCUGACCGCAGCGCACGGGGAUGCGGUGGGCGCCACUCUCGGCUCCCUUCUUGCGGGGCCGGGAAGCUGCUGCUAAGAUCUCCUGCCUCCUGGGGCCUUAACUUCACGUUGCCUUUUCCUCCUACCCUCCGGCUCGGGGUCAAGGACGCUGCUCGGGCGCCCUGCCCGUGCCCGGAGGCUGAGCCUCCUCCAGGCGCGCCCGGGGCUUGGAGGCCAGAUGUGAGCCAAGGCGGAGGAUCUCGGAGGUGGGACGUGCGCGGCAGCGGGCGGCGCACCCUCGUGUGGUCUUGGAGUCUGCUCGCCUCGAGCCUUUGGUUGGCGCCAAGUCGGUGUUUUGCACAUAACGCACCAAACGGCCCCGGACUGCUGUCCCGCCGCCUGCAGGAGCUGCUUUGGUACUACGGAACUGGACUUCGGGGUGCUGCCCUCCGCAGAGGUCGCCAGUGCUUUGCUGGAAGGGGCCCGGGCCCCUCCCCGUCCCACCUUCCCCUAAUGUCUUCCAGGAGCUGCCCCCAUGGGGCAGGGCUGGCCCUGCUGCAGCAGUCGCGCGUGCGCAGGGAAGCAGGACAGAUUUUCUGGACGAUCUGGGUUUUAAUUGUUUUUAUUGCGCCUGACAAAAUACAGUUAUCUGACGGUCCUCAAUUAUGUUAUU